GAUCGGUCGACCGACUACGAGUCACUCGGGCGAUCAAUCGAGUUCUCCGCGACACGCGUGAAAUCUGUGACUGAUUCUCUCCAACGAACUUCGCGAGUGUUUUAUUUGAUUGGUGAACUUCUAACCUUUUUCCAAAGUGAACCACUGCCACUUCAGUGAGAAUGUUUCCGUGUUUCCUUUAUUAUUUUUUAAUCGUGUUCAAAAGUGACUCGUGUGCAAGUUUCGUGAGAUUUGGACUUCGCUAAUGCCCUUGAUUUUAAAAGUACAUUGAACUUGUUGCUUCCCAAGUGUUUUCAUAUCGUUACACGCGAUGCUAUGUCGGUUUCGGAUGCAUUUUAAAAAAUGUCCAUACGAAGAUAUUGAAAUUUAAAUUGUUCAUGUAGUAAGGAAAAAAUUUCUUUUGCUCUUUUUCCAAGUGUUUGGAUAAUCGGCACAAUGGGAGAAAUCGUAGAAAUUUCGCAAGGCGAUGCUCAACAAAACGCAGUGAAUGGUUGGGGCGAUACUAUGGGCAAAAUACAGUACUGGUGUCCUGAAGGCCAGCAAGGUCAGCAGGGCGAACAGGAGUUGGCAACGAAGAUGCUGCAGAUCCAGAGCAAAAGAUUCUAUCUCGAUGUAAAACAGAACAGACGUGGGAGGUUUAUCAAAGUAGCCGAGAUCGGCGCGGAUGGAAGGAGAAGCCAAAUCUACCUGGCGCUUAGCACAGCAUCCGAGUUUCGGAAUUACCUUUCGACGUUUAGUGACUUUUAUGCAUCCCUAGGUCCACCAAACUCGGAGAACGUGCCAGACGACGGGAAACUGAAGUCGGAAGUGAUGACGAAGGAUAACAGGCGGUAUUACUUGGACCUCAAGGAAAAUACUCGCGGCCGUUUCCUGCGGGUGUCGCAGACGAUCACACGAGGAGGACCUAGGACGCAGAUCGCGAUACCGGCACAAGGUAUGAUCGAGUUUCGUGACUCGUUGACAGAUCUCCUCGAAGAGUACGGUACGGACGAUGGCGGUUUCAAGGGUGACUUGCCAGAGGGACGGUACAUGCGCGUGGAUAGCAAGAAUUUCUAUUUUGAUAUCGGCCAGAAUAACCGUGGUAUCUACAUGAGAAUUUCCGAGGUGAAGGCACACUUUAGAACAGCAAUCACCGUACCAGAGAAAUCCUGGGCGCGUUUCCGUGAUAUAUUCGCAGAUUACUGUGAAAGAAUGAGAGAAAGGGGUGCUAGUAGCAACGUCGGCAUGAACAGCGGCGGCGGAGGAAAUGUCUUGCCCGAGGGGAGGGGCUCGGUGGUGGCACAGGUACCAUCACCAUCGACCUCACAACAGCCUAACCCCAAUCCAAAUUUAGACUCUCCCUUAAUGAAGUGAAAAAGGCUUUAACUUAACUCGAACAUUGGAAUUAUAACCGUAACUCGUUUUCAAGUCAUUAAGCGAACUAAAGGAACUUGUCAGAGUCUAUGCCAUCGUCAUCGCCAUUUUCAUCGACAUCGUCAUCGUCAUUGUCACCGUCACCGUCACCGUCAUCGUUAUCGCCACCGUCACUAUCACCGUCACUCGUCGUCAACUAAAAACACCAAAACUCGCCCGGAAUGGGUUCUAUAUAUAAAAAAAUUAUCGCCGCGGAGAGUUGAAACGAUCAGCGAGAGCUGGUUGUUCGGCAUAGAAAUUCGUAAUUGCACGCAGAUUCGAUAGAGAAGGUAACCGACGCAAUCGAUCAUCGUCGCGUCGACUUCCGAUCUAUCGACCACUACCAAUUGUGGGAUAAAGAGGGAAAACAAACAGGAGAAAGGAGGAAAAAAAUAAACGAUGAAGGAUAGUGGAUAAAGGAGAAUAGAUGAUGUGUGUGUGUGCGCGAAACAAAAAUAAGAAACGAGUCUGCCGCUCGUGCGAUUCCACGGAAAUACGCAACGACGGGAUCGUGGAUAUAUAGAAUUAUUGCGCGAUGUCCUUAGGUGGAUACGAGUUGCCAUCGAUUAACGUUAUGAGUACUACCGUUCAUUUCCUGAGCUAUUCUUCUAUACCAUCAUCGAUUUCAUUUGAAUUCGUUCUCCGUUUGUUUUUUCUCGCUUCUAAAAUUUCUUAUUGGGAAAUCAGCUUUCAUACCGAUUUCUUAUUUUGCUGGUUAUGGAUACAUUAGUUUCAAUAAAAUGAUAAAAGAAAGACGAUCAGUCAGCGGGAAAUGAACCGUAGUGGAGAUCACGUUACAAUUGAAUUUGAUCGUUCAGAAUUUAUGAAUAAAUGAAUAGUUGUUAUAUUAACGAUUAUGUCGCAGGGAGAAAGGAGAGCGUGGUGUGGGUAGUCGCGUUGUUAGGCUAAAAUCCCGUUUUCACCGCGGAAAGCGGGCUAAUCACCGUUUGACUCAACCAAAACCGGAGUAAAAGAGCGUGUGCAAAAAGUUCUCGCAUAAAUCUUGACAAAUGGAUCUUAUCUGAAAUCUUUCGUAUACAGAACGAGCGAAACUUUGCGUAUACGUGCUCCUUUCACGAAAUCCAUCACGUGUCCUUUUUCUUCUUUCUUUUUUUUUUUUUUUUUUUUUUUUUUUUUUUUUUUUUUUUUUUUUUUUUUUUUUUUUUUAUUUCUCCUUGCGCGUGUAGCGCGCUCGCCAUUUAUGGCACUCGUUAAGGUUGAGUCAAAGAAGAGAAAGGAAAAAAAAGAAGGUGUUUUACCCGCCUGACGCGUGAACGUCGAAUCACAAUCUAGGAACCGCGACGCCGUAUACACUCGUUUACAAACUGAACGACGUCUCUAUUAAAAAAAGUAAUUAAUGAAAUAAUAUAUAAAUAUAGGUGAAAAGAAAAAAGAUUCUAGCCGAAUACGAAUCCCUAUAAUAUGUAUAUUAUACAAAGUUAAUUAUGUUAUGUUUUGUUUCAUCGAUUCGUACGGGAAAGUGCGCAUGCAGACGCAGAUAUGAGUCUGGUGUCCGGAUUAUAGAGACGCCAGUACAGGGGUACAAUGGUAUAUACACGACACAAAUACGCACACAUGCACUUACACGAAAGACAAAUACAUGUGCACUCGAAAAAGGUAUACACCACACGAAACAUUCGUGAAAUGUCAAACAAACGUCCCAUCACUUCACGACACGACACAACACACCACGAACACACACACACACACACGUGCAUGCAUACAUUUCUACAUAAACACAUAGAGAAAUAUUCCAUCAUGAAAGACGAACGGUACAAGAGACGGUGUGCACGCGUACGUAAUUACGUUACGUUUGAGUGACGGCCGAGUUCUAACACAAUUGCAUAUUAGGUAUGUAUUAUACGAAUGCAUAUUAGGUAUUUAUAUAGAAUCUAUAUAACUGUAUAAUUGUAACGAAAUGCCAAUGUCCGUGGACCCAGGCAACUGUAUCACCUGACAACGCGCGAUCAAUCGAAUUGAAGGUGUUGCGGGCCUGCAGUCGCUUAGGUCCAGUCCCCUGGACACAGGAAGAGAAAAAAAAAGAAACACGUGACAAGAACAGGAAAAAAGUGAGGAUAAAAAAAGGGUUGAAAAGAAAAAAAAAGAAGUAUAUAUGAUACGAACGGAAAAGAAAAGGCAAAUGAUAAUAUUCAAAGACGAACGACCGAGUCGGAAGGAGAAUUAACGCAGUCGAGUUAUUUCUCAAUGGAAAAGGAAAAUCUUAAUACGCUUUGAUUCUGCAACGCUGUGCUAAUAUCAACAAUGAUAAUGAAAGAAAGAUUAAAAAAAAAAAAAAAAAAAAGAUGAAGAUGAAUAUCUAUCCGUUCUCUUGCGUUUCUUCGUGAUCGAAACGAUAAACGAUUAACCGAAAUAAUAAUCUAAAUAUAUUUCGCACUGGUGCGGAAUAAAAGAGAGUUGGUGAGCAGCGGAGCGGCAUAGAUGCAUUAAACGCAUAAAGUGCUAUUUAAUUAAUGAGGACGCGUUCCGAUUCGUGCGUUAUCGGCGCGUUUACGUUUGAAGAGAUGAGUAAAAUUUUAUUUAUUUUUUAGCAAUGAACCUAUUAUCUAUUUCGAUAAGAUAUUUCUUUGAUUGCAUUUCCUUCGAAAUCGACAAUUUCGGCUGGUCUGAAUUUACUUAGCACGUAGGUUUUGAUGAUAUAAAUAUGAAAUAUAAAUCACAAUAACAAAUUCGAAUACGCACGAGUGGGUGAAUCAACGAGAAGAUAUAUCCCGAUCCUCUUCAAUUUAAGGAUAGGUUUGAAUUAGAUCGAUGCCACGAUCCUUUCAACUUCGUCGUAAUCAUCAUCUUGUGAUAUUAUUGUUAUAGUGUUUUUUUUUCUUUUUUUUUUUGUGUUUUUUUUUUUUGACGCACCGAAUCGAUUAUUCAUAGAAUACCGAAUGGAUAUUAGCUUAGAAAAGGUUAGCAAGAAAAACAAAUUAUCCCUCGAAAUGAAAUUAUUUUUGCACAUUUGUCGUGUUCUUUUUUUUAUCAUCUUACCAAAAUAUUUUUACUUUCUUUUUACUCUUUGUCAAACUGUUUCGUUGAGUUCAAGGGGGUCGGUGAACCCGCAAUCUGUGCACAAGAAGUAUAAUAUUGUCCAAACUGAGCGUUCUGAUGGAAACGGCAAAGAAAAGGCAUAGAGGAAAAUUGUUCAACUGGCGCAGAUGGUAUGACAUAUUGUGAUCUAUAAAAAAAUUACAAAUUACAAAGCAUCAACAAGUAGUAGAUAUUUAAGAUAUAAAAUAUACACACACGUACACCUAUGGUGACCUAGACACACACUGUCUAAUUGAUGUACGCGAUCGCGUGUAUAACACACACACAUUAAAAACAUUUAGAAAAAAAAAAAA